AUGCCCACCCUCAGCACCACCGGCUCCGCCACCACCAAUGCCACCUCCUACCUCGCAUUUCUAAAUCACAAAAAACCCACAACGAAACCCCAAUUAUCCCUCUCUAAUUCAGUCAAAUUCCCUCUCAAUUUCAAAACCCUGAAAAGCUCUAGAUUCUCACCCAAAGCCAAAUCGUCCCCUUCCUCUUCCAAUCCCUCCACGAAAAAUGGCGUCUCUGCCUCCUCCGCUCCUAAUUCCUUAAAAUCACGCCUUCAAAACGGCGAAACUCUCUACGGGAUCUUCCUCCUCAGCUUCUCUCCAACAAUUGCCGAGAUCACUGGCCUCGCCGGUUAUGACUUCGCUGUGGUGGACAUGGAACAUGGUCCAGGUGGCAUCACUGACGCUCUCCACUGCCUCCGUGCCCUCGCCGCGACUCAAACCCCGGCGAUCCUCCGGUUGCCGGAGAGUUCUCCGACUUGGGCCAAAAAAGCCCUCGAUCUAGGCCCGCAAGGGAUUAUGUUUCCGAUGAUUGACAGCCCGAAAAUGGCUAAGAAAGCGGUGUCGUAUUGCAGAUUUCCACCGGAGGGUAUUCGCGGAUCGGCUCACACGGUGGUGAGGGCGUCUGAUUAUGGAAUUGAUGAAGGGUAUUUGAGUAAUUACGGGGAGGAGUUGUUGAUUAUGUGUCAGGUAGAGAGUGAGGAGGGUGUGAAAAAGGCCGAGGAAAUCUCAGGCGUGGACGGGGUUGAUUGUGUGCAAAUGGGACCGUUGGAUUUGAGUGCCAGCAUGGGGUAUUUGUGGGACCCAGGGCAUAAGAAGGUUAGAGAGAUGAUGAGGGUGGCUGAGAAGGGAGUUUUGGAAGGUGGGGCCUACUUGUGUGGUUUUGCUAUGCCACAUGAUGGACCCAUUGAUCUCAAGACACGUGGAUACCAUAUGGUGUCUGGUACUGUUGAUGUGGGGCUGUUUAGAAGUGCUGCUGUUGAUGAUGUGAGGAAGUUUAAGAUGAGUUUGAUUGAAGGGUCUGAUGGUGAGGUGGAGGAUGGUAAAGAUGGUGAGAAGUACUGGAGUGAAUGA